ACAUCAUGUUUAAUACUUCUGCCUGCGCAGUUGAACGUGUUUUUUCCGCUACAUUUAGGUCGUGUAACACUUGAUGGCGAGUAUUCGCAAAAAGCUGGUGGUGGUUGGUGACGGGGCAUGUGGGAAAACUUGUCUAUUAAUCGUUUUCAGCAAAGAUGAAUUUCCAGAAGUUUACGUGCCCACCGUUUUUGAAAACUACGUCGCGGACAUUGACGUGGACUCCAAACGCGUUCAGCUGGCUUUAUGGGACACGGCAGGACAGGAGGACUACGACCGAUUGAGACCUUUGUCUUAUCCGGAUACUGAUGUCAUUCUCAUGUGCUUCUCCGUGGACAGCCCGGACUCUCUGGAAAACAUUCCAGAAAAAUGGUUGCCGGAAGUUAAACACUUCUGUCCUAAUGUGCCCAUAAUUUUGGUGGCGAAUAAGAAAGACUUGCGGUGCGAUGACAAUGUGAGAAGCGAGCUGUCGAGAAUGAAACAGGAACCAGUGAGAACGGAGGACGGACGCGCCAUGGCUGCUCGCAUCGGAGCACAUGACUACAUGGAGUGCUCUUCCAAAACCAAAGACGGGGUUAGGGAAGUGUUUGAGACCGCUACUCGAGCAUCUUUACAGAAGAGACCAAGACCACCCGUUGGCUGUUUGAACUGUUGCCGACUGAUGUGAUUUGUCUUAAAUAAACCGUUGACACAAAGGUGAGGGUUCUCGGGACACACCUCACGAAAAGAUUGCUUUUUCGCAUCCCAUCAAAAACGACGCCUUGCUCGUAACUGCAUAUAGGCCCAUUCAGGCUGGGCGCUGGAUAAACCUUUGCUGAAUUAUGUUAAUGGACUAAGGACUGUGGCACACGGCGUACCGAUAGGUUUCACAGCUUAACCUUGUAGACUUGGCACUUUUUUCUUAUUUGAGUAGAGGAUUUUUAUUUGAUUCUUUGAUUAUGCUGAAUUGAAUGAUUAAAAAAAAACAGAAAGCAACUGAUGUAUUUAUCAUGUCCAUUGUGAUGUUGUUGUCUAUUAAUUAAUUAAAAUACACUUUGCUCUGUUUUGCCAACAACUGUUUUAGGUGUAAUAAAUUACAGUUUUAACCAAAUAGUUGCCUCUCUUAACGUUUAAAUAUUACAUCAUAAGAGAAUUAAUGUUUCAGGGAAUGAAUCAGAACUGCUGAAGACACCCAUUUUUAAUGUUUAUUUGGUCUGACAGAGUUUAUUAAAUGUAUUGGACAGGCCUCAAAGGCCUUUUGUUUUCAUUUCAAUAAAUUUGCAACUAAUUAUGGGAAGAUUCAUAGACAUAAGGUAAAGCAGUGUGAAUACAUGAGUGGCUUUGCUUGCAAAUGAAGCAAAUAAGAACAUUUCACUUCAUGUCGUACCAUGUAUGUAUGUGUAUGUGACAAAUAAAAUUUGAAUUUGAAUUUGAAA